AUGGAGAAGAAGUGUAUGUGCAUGUUGAUGAUUAUGAUCAUUGCAUUGACGAUGAUACCAUUACCAGCAAUGACUGAAUCAUAUGAAGCUUGUUAUGAUAGAUGCAGUUCCUCGUGUCAAAAUUUCUCUGUCGAUGUUAAGAUCAAAUGCAUUAAAGAUUGUGUUACCAACUGCCAUAAAUCGCAUGUACUCCCUCGGUCUGAGAUAGAGGUUAAAGAAAUGCUUCAAGAAAUGCAUACAUAG